GCUCCGCAGAGACCCGCGCUCCCGAAGGGGUUAAGGGCCUUAUUUUCUUCCUCCUCCUUUCCUUUCCUUUCCUUUCCUUUCCUUUCCUUUCCUUUCCUUUCCUUUCCUUUCCUUUCCUUUCCUUUCCUUUCCUUUCCUUUUCUCUUCUUUUUGACUGAAGGACUGUGGAUGUAGCUUGCGUAAUAUCUUUAUUACUGAAAACUUCAAGGAAUGAAUGCUGAUACUUGUGUUUCUUAUUGUGAUCCGGCUGCCAUGGAUUCCUACUACAACGCAGCCUCCCAGGGCACAGAAGGCUCCUCGCCUUUUAGGGCAUUUCAAGCAAGUGACAAGUUCAGCCCUACUUUCCUGGCCAGCAAAGGACAAGGCUUUGGUGACAGCAGCACUAAGUGCCGGAGCCGCUACAGCCAGCAGGAAUGUCAGUCCCUGGAUGGCAGCGUGCAGGCUCCCGGCUCCGCCGGGGCUCCGGCCGCCUUUAACAAAUACCCUCCGCAGCAGCAGCAGCCGCCGCACCUCUACAUGCAGCGAGGUCGGUGCAAAACCCCCCCGGAGAGCAACCUCAAGCUGCAGGAGAGCAGCGGCCACAACGGAGCUCUGCAGGUCUCCUGUUACGGUAAGGAGAGCAGUUUGGGAGAGGCUGACUUGCAGUCAAGCUCCGACCCUCCGGGAAUGGACAGCAGCUACCUCAGCGUGAAGGAAGCCGGGGUCAAAGUGCCUCAGGACAGGGCCAGCACGGACCUCCCCAGCCCCAUGGACAAGGCUGACUCGGACAGCAACAAGGGCAAAAAGCGGAGGAACCGCACCACCUUCACAAGUUACCAGCUGGAGGAGUUGGAGAAGGUCUUCCAGAAGACCCACUACCCAGAUGUAUACGCCAGGGAGCAGCUAGCCAUGAGGACAGACCUCACCGAGGCUCGCGUACAGGUGUGGUUUCAGAACCGGCGAGCAAAAUGGCGCAAGCGGGAGCGGUUUGGCCAGAUGCAGCAGGUCCGGACCCACUUCUCCACCGCCUACGAGCUGCCCCUGCUCACCCGUGCUGAGAACUAUGCCCAGAUCCAGAACCCCUCCUGGAUCGGCAACAAUGGCGCUGCCUCCCCUGUGCCUGCCUGCGUUGUCCCCUGCGAGACAGUGCCCUCCUGCAUGUCCCCCCAUGGUCACCCCCACACAGCCGGUGGCGUCUCUGAGUUCCUUGGCGUCUCCGGCCCCGGCAGCCACGUGGGACAGACUCACAUGGGUGGCCUCUUUGGCACAGCUGGGAUGAGCUCUGGCCUCAAUGGCUAUGAGCUGAACAGCGAGCCGGACCGCAAGACCUCCAGCAUCGCUGCCCUGAGGAUGAAAGCAAAGGAGCACAGUGCCGCAAUCUCUUGGGCGACAUGACAGGGCUGCAGCCCAGCGCCCACAAGACAUGAAGAGAGCACAUGGGGACAGCCGAAUAAAUCCAUCCGCUUGGACUCCAGACAGCAGUUGCCUCCUCGAGGAUUUGAAUGCAGCACUUUUAGCUACCCUAGGUAUAUAAAGUACAUAUGUUAAUGUAAGUGAAGUGUUUCCAGCAUGAAAACGGCAGCUCCUGGCUUCCUGGGAUUCAGGUGGGGAGAGGGAGGCUGUGGAGCAGCACCUCUUUCAGUGAGAUCUGGGUUGGGAUGUGUCCCCUCUUACCACCACCUCCCUAGUAACCUGGGCAUUUUUUCUCCCUGCUCCUUUCUCUGACACCAGAUUUGCCUUUCCAAAGAGCAAGAGCCCACUGGCAUUUCAGCAGCUUCCCCCAUCCCAUCACACCCCAUACACACACACACAACUUCCCCCCCUAUUUUGUCAACAGUGUUGCUCAGAUCUGUUCUGCCCUGAGCAGGGGACUGGAUGGGGACUCUGGCACCAGCAAAGAGGCACUUCUCAGGCUGCUCCUGUCCUCCUAUCAGAAGCCACAACUUCCCACAGCUGAACAAGGAACAGGGCUGGGAAGAUACCUGUGGGUAGAAAGAAGGCAACAUUAUCUCAUCUCCUUCUACCCUGCUUUCUCUCCAUCUUGCAGCCUAAGAUGAAGCACAGAGCCGUAGAGGCCUGUGAAGGGGACACCUCUCUUCCCAACAUGACUCGGUGACACCAUGCUGGGAGUCUUUGCCAGCUCUUUGGUCACCUUGGCUGAAGGUACAUCCCAGCAGAUGAUAGCUUCUCAGUAUGGAUGGCUGCCCCAGGAGCACCUGGCAUUUGCUUUGCCAUGGUUGUGGUCAAUAUUGAGGCCCACGUGCAAAGUGAGGCAGCAAAAUGUUUCCUCUGGCUUUUACUGUGUCAGGAACUACUAUCCUCAGUUUAGAGACAGCCAGCUAUGGGAGGGGACUACAGCUGCUGUGUGAAUCCACAGGUCCCCAAAGGGACUGCUCUGAGAAACAGGUCAAGUGGUAGCACACAGACAUGGUUGUGUGAGGCCAUUGAACUGCUCAUACACCUCCUGGGGUCAGAUACGUGCAAUGACAGGCCCUCCCUGCAGCCCUUGACCAGAGCCCCACUGCACGAAGCUGCUGGGGGCAUCUCUGUGCAGUGCAGGGAGCAGGCUGAGAAGGGACCCAAGGCUGGAUGAGGUGAUGCUUCCUCAUCUUCAGCCGCCUCAGAUCCUCUUCACCUUGCAGAGGAAGCAGGAGAACUUGCCUGGUUUAUCUGAACUAAUAUGCAUCCUCCAGUUUUCCCUUCCAGUGCUCUUACCUGCACAGUGCUGUUAGGUAAGAACUCCUUCAAAAGAUUAAAUAUUUUCCAAGCUUUGGAACAUCCUUUCACCCUACUGAAUUAUCAACAGGGAGAAGCCAAAGGUCAGCUGAGCACUAUCAACCACAUGUCAGGUUCCACUUGAGCCGGGGCAGCCAUCUCUGAGUUUCACAAGGGAACUACAGGAUUUUACUACCAGAAAAAUUUGUAUGUCACCCUGCAAUCCCUCCUCAUGCUCAGUGUUAGGGGAACUUGUAGUUCAAGGCCCAGGAAUUUUUAAUGGUCUUUGAAAAGGCUCCAAAUAAGCUAUAACCAAAUGUCAGGUUUCAGGUUAACAAGGUAUACAAGUAUUUCCACAGUGCCUAGACUGCCAUACACUACAUAGAUCAGCAGUGUCAAACUUAUUUUCACUGGGGGCCACAUCAGCCUCACGGUUGCCUUCAAAGGGCUGAAUGUAAUUUUAGGACUCCAUAAACGUAACUACUCCUACACCCUGACACCCCUGACAUAUAUGAUACAUCAUUGCUAGAUCAUAUGUAAUAUGUAUUUACUGGAAUAAGAAAAGACCAGCAGUACUGUCUGUUUUCUGUCCUCAGAAAUGUGAAGAGAUGCCUUCCUUGGUAGCCACAGGGAACCAGCUCACAUCUAACCCCACCGUGGCUAUGACCAGGGCCUCUACCAUCAUAAGCAGCCAGUACUUAUGUCCCAGCCUAAUCAUUCAGCCGAGCAAUCGGGUAUGAUGGCUUAGGUGCUGAAAGUGAUGCUGAUCACUGACCCAGAUAGGAUCACACUGGCCAGUUAGAGGUGUCCAUCACCUGCACCGGGCACCCAGAAACCACUGGGGGUCUCGGGCCACCCAGGCACCAGUGGCAGGAGGCAGUUUCUCCAGCGGAUUUUGUUCAGGCAGCUGAGUGCAGUGCCAAGAGCAUCUUCCCAGGUACAUCGGGGAGCAUGACAUGUCCCACAGUCAGCAGGCAAUCCUGUGAAGGGCCACUGUCCGAACAGCCCAGUAACAUUACUGACAUGACAAAUUAUUAUAGCACCAGGCAGAGCUGGGGAGCGAGCAGGCACGUGGGGAUGGGUCCCGUGUGGCCUGCAGGUAUCGAAGACAGGGAGGUCGUAGCCAUUCAAGAGGUUAGCUGCAUUCCCUACUAAAGUUAAAGGGUAGCUUUUCCUCAUGGACUUACACGGGGCCAGGAUUUCACCUGAGCUGUUUAACAGCCCAGAGAAUUAAGUGCUGUAUCCCUUGUCUUGUUAGAGAGAGGAGAGGCUCCUGGCAGCAGACUCGGCAUUCACAGAGGCUUGGCGUCUGCUUUCUCUCACCCUAAAAUCCAUGUGCAAAGCACAUGUUGGACUCACUCAACCUAUUUUAAACACCACCAUGUAUGCCCGGCCCUGAGUCUGCCUGAAAGCAUCACAAGGUGAGGGGGGAUGUCGUUCUCUGGGGUCCCCGGCUGCUGGGCUUCCCUCCCGCUGCUCACCGGGCUCUGCCUUGCUUCACUGGGCACUGCCGCCACACCAGCACAGCCCCUGGCGCCCACACCUGCGGGUCACGCCGCAAGGCAUUCCUCUCAAAAGCCUCCGAAGGCAGCCAUUCAGGCAGUUUUUAGGACACGUGCAUCUGUAUUUACACAUAUUUUUAAAUUAAUUUAAAAGUUUUUUAAAACUAGCUGUUAAAUUAACAAGAAAAGCUGUGUAAAUAUAUAUAUACUUUUAUAUAUAUAUGUAUCUUAAUCUAGCCAACCUGCGGCUACUGCAUUUUUUAAGGGUCACAGGGUCAGUGUUGUUCUUGCAAUCUCAAGUUACCACAACGAUGCCUUUUUUAAUCAUUAUUAAUACCUUUCAACUCUAUUUAUGACUUUCUUCUCUAUUUAUUUUUUAAUUAGUAUGUUACCCUUGUCCAUACAUUGAGUUAUGAUUCUCUGGCUUGGACUUGCCUUCGAAGCUGCAAGCUUCAUCCCCAGCUACUGCCAAAAUGUCUCACCAGGCCUGGCUGCCCAGACACCUGCCAUGUUAGUGCCCACGGUGGCAUCUUCUGUGGGUGCAGCACCCAACCAGCUGGGCUCUCCCAGCCUCUCUCUGGCCUCACAAAGGCAGCAAAACACUCCUCCAGAGCAGUCCCGGCCCUGGCUGUGAAGCAGGUACCCCAUGAGGGGGCUGCCUUGCAUUGCCCAUGGUUACAAACACCACAGAGAUGUCCCAGAGCUUUGAGACUAGGAGGAGGCAAAUGGUGAGAGCAGCACAGGUUCCUGGCGCUGGCUUGUGGGUGGUUGGGUGCCACUCACUGCUGAGUACUCAGAGGCACUUCUUGCUUACAAGCAGUAGUUAGUGCUUUGGUAGCUACUGCAAACCAGUGGUGAACAAGCCUCGGGGUUUGCUGGGCUCUGAGGUGUCCAAACUCUAAGGGCUGCUGUGCCUGAAGAAGCUCAUGGAGAGAAGCAAGAUGGGGUCCAGGUUACCACUCCAGGACGUUACCCACCACCAGCCCUGCCGCCCCCACACUCCUCACAGGUUUGCGAGCCAGAAGCAGGGCUCCAGCUGCCUCCUCAUGAACAUGCUACUCAGUUCAGGUCUCAUGGCCGUAGCACCUACCUUGGUGGAGCCCAGGGAAAGAUAAACAAGACAGCGAGGUGAAGGAGAACCAGCGUCCCUCUCAUCUAGGGCUCACAGCAGCGUGUGAGCAAGCGUGACUCCCUGUCAGAGUGUGCAUCCCUGCCAGAGCACACCUGGCCGGAGCCGUGAGCGUGGGCAGGGUGUAGGGGAAGGCCAUGUGUAGGGACGGCGCGUCACACAUGAGGUCGCAGAGCUGCAGCAUGUGUGACUUCACCUGCCCCACCAGCCGCGGGGCUGCAGAGCCCACGCAGGCCGGGGAUCCCGCCCUGCUGCCUGGUAGGUUUCUCUGUCAGAGUGGGUGUUUUGGGGUGGGGAGGUGCAUUUCCAGGCUUCACAGAGUACACCCAGGCCAGGCAGCAUGUUGUAAAACACUCUCCAAACAAAGACAAAAAGGUAGUUUCCUGGAAAAGGUUUAAAAAAUAAUCAAGCAGAGGCAGAGCCCUGUGUUUAUUUUGCUGCUCUGACUGACACAGCAAAAAGCAAACAGACCAAAGGAGAAAUUAAACCCAAAUGGGAAGGGGACGGAAUUGGAUGGAAACUCAUUCAGCCCUUUGCAGCUUCCUGGAGGGAGCUGGGAGCAGGCGAUGGAGCAGCCUUGCACCCCUCAACUCUUUGCUGGUAACAUGGACCCCACUCCCCCACAUAGCUAGGUAGGUAGGUAGAGCUAGGACUUUUAUACUACUGAUUUUGAAGGACAGUUUUCAAUGUAUAAUAAUAUAUCGGUUUAGGUGUGCAGUGUUUGAAAGAGAGACUGGGAGAAAGACAGAAAACAAACCUCAAUCAAUAUUAUGAUGUUUUUUGUUGUAAAAUAUUGUAACCUUGUAUAAACGCAAACUUUUUUUUUUCUUUAGCUUAAUGGCCUGGGGUAGAACAUAUUAAAAACAAGUUUUUUAAAGUUCAGGUAAAAAUUUUAAAAAUCAUUUAAAAUGUUGCCAUAUGAGGUUUGUGCCAUGCAAUGUUAUUGCCUAUGCAGCCAUGUAUUACCAGUUCAUUACAGUGGAAUAUUAAAAAAGAGCAAAGAGUCUUGCAGCUUGGUUCUUUUUACCUUUUUUGUUUUGUUUUGUUUUAAAGUAAGUUAUUGCACUUGCAGCUUUUUUUUGUUUUGGUUUGUUUUUUGGGGGGAGAGGUGCUAAGGACUGGCAUUUCUGGGCACCAGUUUUUAUGUUUGCAGUUUUCGACGGGCAGCAUGGCUGGGAAGGACCCUGCUUCCCAGCUGAGGAGGCACAAGCACUGUUGUUGUUGGUUUGGUUUGCAAUAAACUCUUUCUCUUCUCUCCUCUCAACUACAA